AUGAGCACUGGGUCCCAGCCUUUGGUGGGGAGUGGCAGGACGCUAUCUGCUGCCAAAAGACACAAGAGUAUCAGGAAAAACUCCAGGAGGAUUUACUCUCCCUACCAGGACCACCAGCAGGGUUCAUCAGAUGAUGAGAAUAACGUUGAUGAGCGGGCAGACAGCAAUGACCCAGAGGAGAUGUUUCAGAACAUUCAGUUCCAGAAGGAGAUCAUUGCCAACAUCCGAACCAGACCUUGGCCCAUGAGACGCAAGCUCAAAGUCUUAAAACAGGCCAGAGAAAUCGUCCUGAGGUAUGAAGGCCGACUGACCAGAACCCGAGGGUACCAGGCAGCUGGAGCAGAUCUGCUGAAGAAGCUUUCCCGUUUGCUUUACAACAUUGUGGUUCUGUUCAUUCCCUGGGAGAUGAGGAUCAAGAAAAUUGAAAGUCAUUUUGGGUCAGGGGUGGCAUCCUACUUUAUCUUCCUUCGCUGGCUGUUUGGAAUAAACAUCGUCCUCACCAUCAUGACUGGAGCCUUCAUCGUGCUGCCAGAGCUGCUAGCAGGGGCACCGUUCGGAACAACCAGGAGCAAAACCAUCCCCAAGGAGCAUUUGAGCUCAGCUCAGGACCUGGACACCAUCUGGUCUCUCGGGGGCUACCUUCAGUACUCCGUGCUAUUCUAUGGUUAUUACGGCAGGGUACGGAAAAUCGGCAGUGCAGGCUACCGGUUGCCCCUGGCAUAUUUCCUGGUUGGGAUGGCUGUUUUUGCCUACAGUUUCAUCAUUCUGUUGAGAAAAAUGGCCAAGAACUCCCGUCUGAGCCUGGCUAGUGCAUCCGAUGAGAAUUUUACAUUCUGCUGGCGUGUCUUCUGUGCCUGGGACUACCUAAUAGGCAACCCAGAGGCAGCUGAGAGCAAAGGAGCAGCCAUCGUCAACAACAUCCGGGAGGCAAUUGUUGAGGAGCAGGAGAAGAAAAAGGACACAAGUCUGGCAGUUUUAAUCAGCCUUCGUAUUCUAGCCAACAUCCUGGUCCUUCUUUCACUGGCUGGCAGCAUCUACAUCAUCUAUUUUGUGGUGGAUCGUUCUCAGAAACUGGAGCAGGAGAAGCCCGAGCUGACGCUGUGGGAGAAGAAUGAGGUCAGUGUGGUGGUUUCCCUGAUCACAAUGAUUGCUCCAUCUGCCUUUGAAUUGGUGGCUCAACUGGAGAUGUACCAUCCAAGAACCUCGCUCCGAUUCCAAUUAGCCAGGGUACUUGUUUUAUACCUUGGUAAUCUCUACAGUCUCAUAAUUGCCCUCCUUGAUAAGGUCAACAGUAUGAGCUCUGCUAUACCAGUGAGCCCAGGAAACUGGUCUGAUUCCAGCUCCUUCCUAGCUACCAUCUCCCAGUCUGAGGAGAGCCUCUCCACUCUGGUGGCCGACAUAUCUGUCUCGGAACAACGCAACAGCACCAUCGCCACCAUUGCCAUGGUGCUAGAUGUCAACAACAACGCCAAGAACAGCACAAUGGCUGUCCUCAACCAAACAGCUCUGUUUGAGAAGAACACACGUUCACAGCAGGACCCCUGCUGGGAGACCUAUGUUGGGCAGGAGAUGCUUAAGUUGUCCAUUAUUGAUAUGAUCUUCACUGUGGCCAGCAUUCUACUGAUCGACUUCAUCAGGGGCUUGGUGGUACGCUAUCUGAGUGACUGCUGCUGCUGGGACCUAGAGAGCAAAUUUCCUGAAUAUGGAGAAUUUAAAAUAGCAGAGAAUGUGCUGCACCUGAUUUAUAACCAAGGAAUGAUCUGGAUGGGUGCGUUUUUCUCCCCAUGUCUUCCUGCCUUCAACGUGUUGAAGCUGAUAGGUUUGAUGUAUCUGAGAAGCUGGGCUGUUCUAACCUGCAAUGUUCCCCAUCAGCAAGUCUUCAGAGCUUCCAGAUCAAACAACUUCUAUCUAGCUAUGCUGCUGUUCAUGCUUUUUCUGUGUAUGCUACCCACCAUCUUUGCCAUAGUGAGAUACAGACCAUCCCAGUACUGUGGACCAUUUAGUGGUCAGGAGAAGAUCUAUGACAUCAUUUCUGAGACGAUAGCCACUGAUUUCCCUCUCUGGUUCAGUAAAGUGAUGAGUUAUGUCACCAGUCCUGUCGUGGUGCUGCCAGCAUUGCUAUUACUGUUCAUGCUUAUAUACUACCUCCAGGCCAUUGCCAGAUCCCUUAAAUACACCAACAACCAACUGAGGAUGCAACUCCAAACAGAGCGUACGGAAGACAAGAAGAAAGUCUUUCAGAUGGCUGCAGCCCGGCUGCAGGCUCCGGACACUGCAGUGGAUAAAAAGCCAGAUCAGCCAGAAAGUGAUGUCACCAGCCACGAGUCCUCCAUCCACACUCCGUCCCCACGGCACAAUGGCAGUGUCACCAACUUUCAGUCUCCUGUUCGUCGCGACAACAGCAUCCGCACCAUCAGCCAAUCAGCAUCUAGAGUGGACCUUAAUAGAGGGAGUGUUGCUGGACCCUCCAGGAGUCCAUCAAUGUCAAUACUGCACAAACACAGGCUGGAGCACGUACCAAAUAGGCCUCUGCCAUUUCUUGGUGGCCCUAGUGGCUCCUGCAGGUCCAAGUCCUACCACCAUAUGGUGCACAGUGCCACACCUCAUUACUCCGACAGCAUCCAAUCUGACCCCUUGUACCGGAAGACCAUGUGCUCCAUGCACUUGGCUGAGCCUCCAGGGAUCAUCGCGGCGCAGAGCUAUGUGGGCCGGCAUGCUCAUGCUGCCCGCUACGUGAUCAUCAAUGAGCACGAGGCCAGGAAGAAGCUUCUGCGGUCAGCCACAAGGGUCCCACGCCACUACUGUAUAGAAGACCCUGGAGAGAUCCUAGAAUUGUGUCCAUGCAAUAUUAAACACUACACCCCUCGAACCCCUCGCCACCAGCCCUUUUCCCACCGGUCUCACCUAUCACAGCCAACAAAACCACUUUUGAGUGAAGAGGUAGAGGCAGAAAAGGAAGGAAGGGCCAUGAGGAGGGGGUCUUUGAGAAAGGCUCAUCGUCCACAGUCCCUCACAGACCUCCACCGCCCGGCACGCUUCUAUGUUGGCGACCCCUCUGAAAGCCAGCUACCCAUGGCCAAAGACCGACACUACAGAGCCCGGGGGGAGGAAGACGAGGAGGAUGAUGAAGGAGCAAUGGACUGGGAAGACUUAGAAGCACAUCCCCACCCCCAGACGAAUAUGAGAGCAGCGGAAUCUCCUUUGGUGCGCACACAAUCCCCAGCAAGGCAAAGUCAAUCCCUGGCCAUGACGAGACACAUGGAGCCCCAGGUCAAGCCUAAGACCAGGCCAAAGAUGGAGCCCCCCCUGACAGAGUCAGACUCAGCCUCCUUGGCCUCCAGCAGUGACCAGCAGAACAGCAGCACUGACCAAUACAUUCAGAUCAUCCACAACAAAGAGCGCUAUCUCAAGUCUGAUGUCAGGCAGGGCAAGUUUGCUAAAAGGAAGUCCAAAGCCAGCAUUGAUCUUAAUGUCUCAAGUACAAAUGACCUGGUUUGUUCAAAUGUAUGA